AGAAGAACAUCCGGGAAGUAGUGUUUUGUGCGCAUGGCGGCACUUUUUGUCGUCUAAAUACAAACCUUACUUUAUAUUGUUUCAAAAGAAAGAAAUAUCCACUCUCUGCAGCGUAACGGAAUACAGUUCUCUAACAAAUGGAGGCGGAUCUGUAUGACGAGUUCGGAAACUACAUCGGUCCAGAGCUGGACUCUGAAGACGAUGAUGAUGACCUGGAUGCAGAGGACAGAGAUGUCGAUGAGGGUGAUGAUGACGAUGAUGAUGAACCUGCUGAUGCUGAUGAAGAUGUCCCGGGCAUGGAGGUGGUCCUGCACGAGGACAAGAAGUACUAUCCUACAGCAGAAGAGGUUUACGGUCCUGAAGUGGAAACUAUCGUCCAAGAGGAAGACACACAACCUCUUACAGAGCCCAUCAUCAAGCCUGUGAAGAACAGGCAGUUCACGUUGAUGGAGCAGGAGUUACCGGCCACUGUUUACGAUAUGGAAUUCCUUGCCGAUCUGAUGGACGGCUCUGAGCUAAUCCGUAACGUCACCCUGUGUGGUCACCUUCACCACGGCAAGACCUGUUUUGUGGACUGCCUGAUCGAACAGACACAUCCAGAGAUCAGGAAGAGAGACGAUGUGGAUCUCCGGUACACAGACAUCCUCUUCACAGAACAGGAGAGAGGCGUGGGCAUCAAGAGUACGCCGGUCACAAUGGUCCUGCCAGACUCCAGAGGGAAAUCUUACCUAUUCAACAUCAUGGAUACACCAGGCCACGUGAACUUCUCAGACGAGGUCACGUCGAGCAUGCGGAUCUCAGACGGUGUCGUCCUCUUCAUUGACGCAGCAGAAGGCGUGAUGCUGAACACUGAGCGUCUGAUCAAACAUGCAGUUCAGGAGCGUAUGGCCAUCACCAUCUGCAUCAACAAGGUGGACCGGCUCAUUGUGGAGCUCAAGCUGCCUCCCACAGACGCUUAUUAUAAACUACGUCACAUUGUGGAUGAGGUCAAUGGUUUGCUCAGCACGUACUCCACAGACGAGAACUUUGUGGUCUCUCCUCUGCUUGGAAACGUCUGCUUCGCCAGCUCUCAGUACAGCAUCUGUUUCACCUUGGGUUCCUUCGCGAAGAUCUACUCGGACACGUAUGGUGACAUCAACUAUAACGAGUUUGCUAAGAGGCUUUGGGGAGACAUUUAUUUCAACCCCAAAACCCGCAAGUUCACAAAGAAAGCUCCCACCAGUAAUUCUCAGCGCAGCUUUGUGGAGUUUGUCCUGGAGCCUCUCUACAAGAUCCUCUCUCAGGUGGUCGGGGAUUGUGACACGUCUCUCCCAAGAGUUCUGGACGAGCUGGGGAUCCACCUGAGCAAAGAAGAGCUGAAGCUGAACAUCAGACCCUUACUGAGGCUCGUCUGUAACCGCUUCUUUGGCGAGUUCACUGGCUUUGUGGACAUGUGUGUACAACACAUACCGUCACCUCAAGAGGGAGCUAGGGCCAAGAUAGAGCACACGUACACAGGAGGCCUGGACUCGGACCUUGGAGAGGCCAUGGCAGAGUGUGACCCUGAUGGUCCUUUGAUGUGCCACACCACUAAGAUGUACAGCACAGAGGAUGGGGUUCAGUUCCAUGCGUUUGGCAGGGUGCUGAGCGGGACCAUUCAGGCAGGCCAGCCCGUCAAGGUUUUAGGAGAAAACUACACCCUUGAAGAUGAAGAGGACUCCCAGGUCUGCACUGUGGGCAGACUAUGGAUCAAUGUAGCCAGAUACCAAAUUGAAGUGAACAGAGUGCCUGCUGGCAACUGGGUCCUCAUCGAAGGUUGUGACCAACCGAUUGUCAAAACAGCAACAAUCACAGAGCCGCGAGGAAACGAGGAGGCUCAGAUUUUCAGACCUCUGAAGUUCAACACAGCUUCAGUCAUAAAGAUCGCAGUGGAGCCCGUCAACCCGUCAGAGCUCCCGAAGAUGUUGGACGGACUGAGGAAGGUGAACAAGAGCUACCCGUCCCUCACCACAAAGGUGGAGGAGUCUGGAGAGCACGUCAUCUUGGGGACAGGAGAACUCUACCUGGACUGUGUCAUGCACGACCUGCGCAAGAUGUACUCCGAGAUCGACAUUAAAGUUGCUGACCCUGUUGUGACUUUCUGUGAAACAGUUGUGGAAACAUCAUCACUUAAGUGCUUUGCUGAAACACCAAACAAAAAGAACAAGAUCACCAUGAUCGCAGAGCCGCUGGAGAAGGGGCUGGCUGAGGACAUCGAGAACGAAGUCGUGCAGAUCACGUGGAACAGGAAGAAACUGGGAGAGUUCUUCCAGACGAAGUACGACUGGGAUCUGCUGGCUGCCAGGUCCAUCUGGGCCUUCGGACCCGACACCACAGGGCCGAACAUCCUGGUAGACGACACCCUGCCCUCUGAGGUUGACAAGGCACUGCUGGGCUCCGUCAAAGACAGCAUCGUUCAGGGCUUCCAGUGGGGCACAAGGGAGGGACCUCUGUGUGACGAGCCUAUCAGGAACGUUAAGUUUAAGAUCCUGGAUGCGGUCAUUGCUCAGGAGCCGCUCCACAGAGGAGGAGGCCAGGUCAUCCCCACAGCCAGGAGAGUGGUGUACUCCGCUUUCCUCAUGGCCACUCCCAGGCUGAUGGAGCCGUAUUACUUUGUGGAGGUUCAGGCUCCAGCUGAUUGUGUGUCAGCGGUCUACACAGUCCUGGCUCGGAGGAGGGGUCACGUCACCCAGGAUGCACCUAUUCCAGGCUCUCCUCUGUACACCAUCAAGGCUUUCAUCCCGGCUAUCGACUCCUUCGGCUUUGAGACAGACCUGCGCACACACACACAGGGACAGGCCUUCGCUUUGUCUGUGUUCCACCACUGGCAGAUCGUCCCCGGUGACCCCCUGGACAAGAGUAUUGUGAUCAGACCUCUUGAGCCUCAGCCCGCCCCCCACCUGGCCCGAGAGUUCAUGAUCAAGACCCGCAGGCGCAAGGGACUGAGCGAGGACGUGAGCAUCAGCAAGUUCUUCGACGAUCCUAUGUUGUUGGAGCUGGCCAAACAGGAUGUGGUGCUAAACUACCCCAUGUGAGACUACAGACUGUAACUGAAGCCAUCAACUACAUGUUCACCACUCAAAUCCAAAUUUGUCAUCUGGGGUGUGUAUUCUGAACACAGAAUCCAUAUUCCAAACAUUCAGAUGACAGAUGUUAUUCUGAAUCCAGUAAGGCAUUAAAAUUUCCUUUACUGUCUUCUAAUUGGAAACCCCCCCCCCCCCCCCCCCCAAAAUUACAAUUUUAAAGAAUCUGCAAUCAAGGCAAGGUCACCUGUAUCAUCCAUUAGAUUGAUGGAAACCAUGGAAAUACUGCAACCUUUUGGAAAGGAGCAGUAUUUGUCAAAUAAUGCAAUAGUUUGUCAUCACUCAUCUUUCUUUCUUGUAUUUUUUUUGUCUUUUUAUGUACAAAUAAUUGUGUUUUUUGUAGAAUAAGAAAACUUGUCUCUUUUUUUAACAUUGGAUGUCAUUUUUCUGGUGUCUGUCUGAAUAAAUGAAUUCUUUGUAUUUCA